AUGACAGGUCACAACUAUUUGUUUGCGAGCGACGAGGACGACCAGUCCAGCAUUCGCUAUGUGCGUGUCUCCAAGAUCCAGUCGAGCGGAAAGCCGCCAGCACCACUCACGAUAACCGCACAGAUCGCGGGACAGGAGUUAUCUAUGGAAGUAGACACGGGCGCUGGUGUCUCUGUUUUACCAGCCGCAACAUACGUGCACUUGUUCUCCGAACACUCGCUUCUCCCAGCAAAACUGGUGCUGCAAGCCUACAACGGUGAAUCGCUUCGAUCGCAAGGCGUGCUGCGCUUGCCUGUCACCAUCAACGGUCAGCAAGCGGAGGCUGAGCUGUACGUGGUCGACUGCGAGGGCCCAGCAUUGCUAGGACGCACAUGGCUCCAGCAAUUUCGCCUCAACUGGACGGAGUUGGCGGCUAUCAGGAAUGUGAAAUCCUCACUCCAGGAGUUACAACGUGAAUUUGCAGCGGUAUUCAAUGAUGAACAAGGAUUGUUCAUGGGGGCGAGAGCCAAGCUCACGCUGAAGUCUGAUGCGACUCCAAAGUUUGUCAAGGCACGAUCAGUGCCUAUGGCGCUGAAACCCAAGGUUGAAGCAGAGAUACGUCGCAUGGAGGCUGCCGGAAUCCUCACUCCGGUGGAGUGGAGCGAAUGGGCAACACCUGUGGUACCUGUUCUGAAGCCAAACGGCCAGGUCAGGCUAUGUGGAGACUUCAAGGUGACGGUGAAUCCCCAGCUCCACAUCGACCAACACCCGUUGCCGCUCAUCGAGGAGAUCUUUGCCUCACUCUCCGGAGGGCUAGAGUUUACAAAACUCGAUCUGAAGGCAGCGUACACGCAGAUGGAGGUGGACGACGAGUCGAAGCCCCUGCUUACGCUCAACACCCAUCUGGGUCUGUUUCGACUCAACCGUCUCCCAUACGGGAUUGCGUCUGCUCCCGCGCUAUGGCAACGAGCCAUGGAUUCUCUGCUACGAGACCUGCCAGGCGUUAAGUGCAUGAUCGAUGACAUCAUCGUCACUGGCCGCACACCGGAGGAACACCUCAACACGCUGAUGAAGGUGCUCCAACGUCUCGCUGAUGCGGGCCUCAAGCUCAACCUGGCCAAAUGCCACUUCUUUCAGCUGAAAGUGGAAUAUUGCGGCCACGCCAUCAGCGCACAGGGCCUGCACACGAUGCCGAGCAAGGUUGAUGCAAUUUGUGAUGCUCCACCGCCGGAGAAUGUGCCGCAAGUACGCAGUUUUCUGGGGCUCAUCACCUACUAUCAACGCUUCAUUCCGAAGAUGUCAACUAUUCUGAGUCCACUAACAGCGCUGCUGCAAAAAGGAGCGGCAUUCGAAUGGACAGAUGAGUGCCGACAAGCCUUCCAAGAGGUCAAGCAGGUGCUGUCAUCCCAACAGGUGCUCACACACUAUGACCCGACACUGCCCGUCCGUCUCGCAAGUGAUGCGUCACCAUACGGGGUCGGAGCGGUCUUGUCGCACAUUCUGCCAUCUGGAGAAGAGCGACCGAUCGCAUAUGCCUCUCGAAAGCUCUCGAAAGCGGAACAGGCAUACUCACAGAUCGACCGUGAAGCGCUCGCAAUAGUGUGGAGUGUGAAACGCUUCCACAACUACCUGUACGGCCGGCAUUUUGAGCUGCUCACGGACCACCAGCCGUUGGUAUCAAUCUUCCACCCGAGGAAAGGCCUGCCUGCUAUGACCGUAGCACGUCUUCAACGCUAUGCGAUGUUCCUGGCCGGACAUGACUACACGAUCAUGUACCACCAAACAGACAAGCAUUGCAACGCCGGCGGAUUGUCACGCCUGCCAGUAGGAAAUCCUCCGGCACCAGAUACGGCAGAGGAAGCGGUCAACAUGUUCUACAUGGACCAAUGCGAACCACUCCCAGUAACAGCGGAGCAGAUCAAGGAGGCAACAGCCAGCGACCCGCUAUUGCGUGAGGUCCAUCGCUAUGUGCAACAGGGUUGGCCGAAGUCGUGCCCAAGAGCAGAGCUACAGAAGUACUUCCAACGCCGCAACGAGCUUAGCGUUAGCAACGAGUGCUUGCUAUGGGGCAAUCGCGUCAUCAUUUCGCCGGACCACCGGAAAGCUGUCCUGACAGAGCUUCAUGAAGGCCAUCCAGGAAUGGUACGAAUGAAGGCAUUGGCGAGAAGCAUCCUCUGGUGGCCGGGCUUGGACGGCGACAUAGCAGACGCAGUCAAAGCAUGCCUCGGAUGCCAAAGUGUCCAGAGCGAACCUGCUGCAGCACCAGUGCACCGAUGGAGCAUGCCAGACCGCGCGUGGCAGCGCGUCCACGUAGAUUACCUUGGUCCAUUGCGGCAAACGAUGUGGCUCGUCAUUGUCGAUGCCUAUUCAAAAUGGCCCGAAGUCAUUCCGAUGCCUUCCACAACGUCUUUGGCUACCAUCGCGAGUCUCAGGACAGUAUUCGCCAGAUAUGGUUGCCCAGACCUCAUCGUCAGCGACAAUGGUCCACAAUUUGCAUCUGCAGAGUUUGCCGAGUUCCUCGCCUCGAACGGCAUCGCUCACAGACGCUCAGCGCCGUAUCAUCCAGCGACGAACGGCCAAGCUGAAAGGUUCGUCCAGACCUUUAAACGGGCAAUCCAGGCAGUACCACAGUCAACACCUGCACAGAUUGCUGCUGACCGGUUCUUGAUGAGCUACCGCCGAGGAGUCCAUCCGGCUACAAACGCAACGCCUGCGAAGCUGUUUCUAGGCCGUCAGCUACGAUCACGUCUGGAUUUGUUGCGACCGUCAACGGCACAACAGAACGCCAAGACGCCCACCGAAGAGCCUGCUGGCAAGGCAUGA